AUGCAAUUCACUUCCUCCUUCGUCGCUCUAGUAGCCGCUGCUCUCGUUUCUGCUGCUCCUGCCAGAUUUUACGGAAAACGCGCCCCUGGUGCAACAGAUAUCUUGGUCUACAAAUUCGCGGAUGUUUUGGAACAACUAGAGUCCACUUUCUACUCUCAAGCCUUGUCCAAAUUCCAGGACAGUGAUUUCCAGGCUGCUGGCUUCACUGCCAGUCAGAUUGCUAUCGAACAGUUCAAAGUCAUCCAGUCUGAUGAAGCUACGCACUCCACCGUACUCCAGGCUGCGUUGAAGUCGUUCGGCGAGACGCCCAUCACAAGCUGCAAGUUCAACUUUGACUCGGCUCUCACGGAUGUCGCCACCAUGGCUGCCACUGCCCGUGUUGUUGAGGCUGUCGGUGUCGGUGCUUACCUGGGCGGUGCCACUCUUAUGACUGACCCCGUCCUCCUCGAUUCUGCUGCUUCAAUUUUGACUGUCGAGGCUCGCCACCAGACUAUCCUCAACCUGCUUUCUGGAACUGGAACCGCCGUCCCUGCUGCGUUUGACAUCUCCCUCACUCCAAGUGAAGUUCUCGCCCUCGCUGGUCCCUUCUUCGAUGGCGCUUGCGAUCUUGGUAUCCCUGCCAACCCUGCUCUUUCCUUGACUAACACUGGAGUUGUCGCACCCGGAACCAAGCUCUCCUUCUCCACGCCGGCCAUCACCAGUGCUAACGAUACCUCGAAACUCUUCUGCCAAAUGAUGCUUGGUGGCCAGCCCUUCUCAAUUCCUCUGCCAUUCGAUAACUGUGUUGUUCCCGACGGUGUCAACGGCCCUGUCGGAAUCUGGAUCACUUCUGACGGCCAACCUUUGACCAACAACGUCCGUGAUCGUGCCACCACCCAGCUCGUCGCCGGCCCAACGAUGGCCUUCAUCGAUACCCAGCCCCAGAUGCUCUCCCAGCUUACCCGCGGCAGCGCCAGUGGAAGCAGCGGCAGCAGCAGCAGCGACAGCGCGGGAGCCCCCGCUGCCUCCUCUGUCAGCACGGCCACCAUCUCCCCGGCUGAGGCCUCGAGUAUCAUUGCAUCUGCAUCAGCAACCGCCUCAGCCGCUGGACCUAAUGCUACCGCCUCUGAAUCGACUCCUCAGACAGACGCUUCGGUAUCAACACCCGCGACUCCUGGAAGCCCCAACACUGCCACUGGCCCAUCUUCCGACGGUAGCAUCAACGUCGUCGGGUGGUCCAAUAUCUAA